CUUCAGCCUUAGUGGAUCCGGGUAGGUGCGCACAGGCGGUCGUAGAGGUUCCAGGUCUUUAGCGUGAGAUGCUGUAGGUGUGCGGGGCCCCAUCAGAAGCGGCAGAUUGUGGGAUUAGUGAUUUGCUUUCCUAAACAGUAGAAAAAUUGAAGAAGAUGUCUAGACAGAACUUAGUAGCUUUGACAGUGACCACCCUUUUGGGUGUGGCUGUGGGAGGUUUUGUUCUCUGGAAAGGCAUCCAGCGCAGAAGGAGUAAAUGGAGCCCUGUGACCCAGCAGCAACAGCAGAAAGUGCCAAGCAGUACAGAGCUGCCCCCUCCGGAAGAGGACCAGCUGCACUCCAGUGCCCUUACGGCCACGUGGGAGGAAAGGAUCCUCAAAGCAAAAGUGGUGACUGUGUCUCAGGAGGCAGAGUGGGAUCAAAUCGCACCCUUGCUUAGAAGCGAAUUAGAAGAUUUGCCAGUACUUGGAAUCGAUUGUGAGUGGGUGAAUUUGGAAGGCAAAGCCAGUCCUUUGUCACUUCUACAAAUGGCCUCCCCAAGUGGCCUUUGUGUCUUGGUUCGCUUGCCCAAGUUGAUCUGUGGAGGAAAAACACUACCAAGAACGUUAUUGGACAUUUUAGCAGAUGGCACCAUUUUAAAAGUUGGAGUGGGAUGUUCAGAAGAUGCCAGCAAGCUCCUUCAGGAUUAUGGCCUCGUUGUUAGGGGAUGCCUGGACCUCCGAUACCUAGCUUUGCGGCAGAGGUGUGGUUUGUAUGAGUGCUGGGAUUCCUGUAGCUGUGGGACAGUUAUUUUAGCAAGAUUUGUAAAUUACUGGGAAUCAAUAAUGAAACGUUUGAAAUUCUAUUGCUCUUUCUGGUUUGCCUUCCACAUUCCACUGAUCUCUGACUUUUUUCUUCAGGUAACUUAUGCUGCCAGGGAUGCCCAGAUUUCAGUGGCUCUCUUUCUCCAUCUUCUUGGAUAUCCUUUCUCUAGGAAUUCACCUGUAGAAAAAAAUGAUGACCACAGUGGUUGGAGAAAAGUCUUGGAGAAAUGCCAGGAUGUGGUAGACAUCCCAUUUCGAAGCAAAGGAAUUAUCAGAUUGGGAGAAGAGAUUAAUAGUGAAACAGCAGAAUCUCAGCAGAAGCCAAGAAGUAAGAAGUCUAAGGUCGAUGGGAUGGCACCAGGCAACCACCAAGGAAGAGACCCCAGAAAACAUAGAAGAAAGCCCCUAGGGGUGGGCUAUUCUGCAAGAAAAUCACCUCUUUAUGAUAACUGCUUUCUCCAUGCUCCUGAUGGACAGCCCCUCUGCACUUGUGAUCGAAGAAAAGCUCAGUGGUACCUGGACAAAGGCAUUGGAGAGCUCGUGAGUGAAGAGCCUUUUGUGGUCAAACUACGGUUUGAACCCGCGGGAAGGCCUGAAUCCCCAGGAGACUAUUACUUGAUGGUUAAAGAGAACCUGUGUGUAGUGUGUGGCAAGAAAGACUCCUACAUUCGAAAGAAUGUGAUUCCACAUGAGUACCGGAAGCACUUCCCCAUUGAGAUGAAGGACCACAAUUCCCAUGAUGUGCUGCUGCUCUGCACCUCCUGUCACGCCAUCUCCAACUACUAUGACAACCAUCUGAAGCAGCAGCUGGCCAAGGAGUUCCAGGCCCCCAUUGGUUCUGAGGAGGGCUUGCGCCUGCUGGAAGAUCCUGAGCGCCGGCAGGUGCGUUCCGGGGCCAGGGCCCUGCUCAACGCGGAGAGCCUGCCCGCUCACCGAAAGGAGGAGCUGCUGCAAGCACUCAGGGAGUUUUAUAGCACAGACACGGUCACAGAUGAGAUGCUGCAGCAGGCUGCCAGCCUGGAGACCAGGAUUUCCAAUGAAAACUACGUUCCUCACGGGCUCAAGGUGGUGCAGUGUCACACCCAGGGUGGGCUGCGCUCCCUCAUGCAGCUGGAGAGCCGCUGGCGUCAGCACUUCCUGGACUCCAUGCAGCCCAAGCACCUGCCCCAGCAGUGGUCAGUGGACCACAACCAUCAGAAGCUGCUUCGGAAAUACGGGGAAGACCUUCCCAUCAAGCUGUCAUGAUAGCUGCUUUCCUCCCAGGUUAGGACAGGUGGGAAGCUGGAGCCAAGGUUGAAAAGUCACUUUUUCCUGUUUUAAUACGUCAUUGUCAAAGCCUGAGCGAUACAGCUCAGAAUACUGACUUAUAUUAAUACUAAUCCCAGGAUACUACUGAUGGAGCAAGGCUGUUGUUUUAAGGGAACUUAUUAUGAUUUUGGACUUUAAUUGGACAGAAUCAGUAUCCUUUCUUCUCUCUCUUUUAUUAUUAUGGACAAGAGAGGCCUUGGCCUUUGUUUUUAAUCUCCCUUUUCUGCUUUCCCUGUGCAGAAGAAAAAUGAAGACUUCUCCCUGAAAUAAUUGUUAAGACUCUCUGAAACUGUUUUUAGUAUAUUUCUUCCCUGUCCAGUAUGUUGGUUUAUCUUUAACAGGGGCUGUCCAGCAUGUUAAUCUAAUCAGGUUAGGAGGAGAGAAGUUCUUCCAGAGGUCAGAGAAGUGAAUAAGGAGUCAGAUUUAUUUUCCUAAUUCAACCUCAUAAUUAUAAUUUCUUUGGCUUCCUGCUGUCCCAUAACUUAUCUGGUUGGGAUCCAUCCCAUCUGGGUCACUUCAGUUUAUUUCAUAUUACUUGAAAAUGCUCCCCUUUACAAAUCCAAGACCAAAAGUAGCACUUCCUGCCAUGUGCUUCCACCCUAACACUGGAGGAAAUCCUUUUCUGGAAAUGAGCCUUCAGCCUGGGUGGGGCAGAAAGGACCAUAAACACCACCUCCCAGUAGAACUCUGACCAUUUGCUCAGCGUUUCCUUUCGUGUUGUGUGUUGCCUGCUUGUUGCGCUCCUCCUGCCCAGAACUGCAAGGUUUUUAGCUUAAUCCCUUUCUAAGGGGAAGAUUAUCUUUUCUCAGAACCAGUAUCAUCUCCUGUUAGUGUUCUGUAUUCUAUCAGAUUUGCAGUGCUGACCUCUUUUAAGUACUUAAUUCACUUCUGGAGUCAUUUGGUCAGGUUGCAAUGUGAGGACUAAUUCAUCUCCUCUGAAGCCUGGGACACCAGAAUUUGUUAAUAUAAUACAUUUGAUGUUUUAUAAGGGGGAUGGUGGUUCAUUUUCAAAAUGUGAGGCCACCACUUUGAGUAUGAAUUCAACUUAUUAGUGAUUAGUAUUUUUUCUUAAGUGUUAGGAAAACAUUCAUAUUUUACAAGAUCUUAACAAGCUUAAAAAAGAAUUUUAUAACCAGAAUCCAACAAGAGCUCUAUUUUGGAAUUGUGCCCAAGUCGGUGAUGGUUGCUCUAACAUUGAUAAAUAAAACUUCUUCUAAACGCAAA